AUGCUCUCGAGAAGAGCUCAUCGCAUUGCUAAUGGGUGGUUGAGAUUGAAUACAAGCAAGCAAGAAAGCAAGAAAGUACGGGUUGGUCAAUUUGUUGAUGGCAAGAAGGCACAGGAGAUAAUAUUGGUUUCCAGCAGCCACUUGUUGAUGUUCUACAUCGACCAAGAAACGGGGAAAAUCUAUAAUAAACUAACUCAAAAUCUAUUUGCUGUAGUCAACAAAGUGGACAAAAUACGACUAGGCAAUAUUAAGGAUGGGUUGGUAAUGACCAGUGACUCUGGGAACUUAUCAGUACUAGAAUAUGACGAGAAAUUGAAUAAGUUUCGACUGAUUGUUCAGCAGCCCAUGACUAAGAAUGGCUGGAAUAAAACAUAUCCUGGCGAGUAUUUAGUCGUUGAACCUCAGAGUAGAUGCAUUUUGGUUGGUGCUAUGGAAAAGAUAAAACUUUUGUACAGGAUUAACGCUGCUACGGAGGAGUUGGAGGAGUUGGAGCUGCGGCUGCAGCGGCUGCUGCGGCUACAGGAGGAGGAGGAGGGGGAGGAGAAUGGUCAACCUCGACUAGAGAUCAGCUCACCAGUGGAGUUGAAUACAAAGCACCUUUUAUGUUUAAACAUUGUUGCAUUGCAUACGGAGUAUGAAAAUCCCUUGUUCUGCGCUAUUGAAUAUAAUCCCGAGGAUAAACGGACUUUGCUCAACUACUACAUGUUUGACCAAGGGUUGAAUUACAUGGUGAAACGUAAGGUACCCAAUCCCGAGCUACCUGACGAUUCCAAUUAUUUGAUACCCGUGGCAGGAAGUAUUGGAGGAGUGCUCAUUUGUGGUGAAAAUUGGAUCAGGUACGAAAAACUAGAUGUUUGCCUGUUAGUUUUACCUUUACCAAGGCGAGAGAAUCAAAAUACCACCAUUGUGGGACAUGUCAGUCAUAUGUUUAAGAAAAAAGGAAUGUAUAUAUUUCUUCAAAGUACACAUGGCGAUUUAUUUAAAUUGGUUAUCAAUUAUGAUCUGGGUCGAGCUAUUGUAAAGGACAUCACAAUAACCUAUUUCGACACGAUUUCCCCAUGUCACAACAUAUCUAUGAUAAAAGGCGGGUUUUUAUUUGCAAAUACUCUCAACAAUAACCAGUAUUUGUAUCAAUUUGAUAAAUUGGGAGAGGAAACUAGAGAGGGUGACUUGAUUAUAGAGUCAUCAUUGACGCAAAAGGAGUCGAUGACUCCCAAUUCAGCAAAACUUCUCAACAUGAACUUUAAGGUCAAAGAGUUGGAAAAUUUAAUAUUAAUCGAUACUUUGGAGUCACUAAGUCCCAUUACGGACUCUCGUUUAUUGCCUCAUUCACGGAUAGCCGCGUUGUCUACCAACGCAAAUAUGAAAACAAUAGUUCGUGGAAUGCCCACUGCAACACUAGUUGAGUCCCCUUUGGCUUUUUCACCCACUGAUGUGUUUACAACUAAGUUAACUGGUCAAUCUGAGAAUGAUGAAUACCUUGUUCUCACUUCCACUCUAGCGUCAAAGACUUUGGUUCUCUCGAUCGGAGAAACCCUUGAAGAUGUGAACGACUCGGAAUUUAUCCUAGACCAACCAACUAUAGCCGUGCAACAAGUUGGAAAAUCAUCAUUGGUACAAGUAUACACUAAUGGAAUACGCCACGUUACACCGACAUCUCAAACAACAACAACAACAAGGACAAAGAGUAAAAAGACUACGGAUUGGUAUCCACCAGCAGGAAUAUCCAUUACGCAUGCAGCGACAAAUAAUCACCAAAUUCUUCUUGCAUUGUCCAAUUCCGAAGUUGUUUAUUUUGAAACCGAUCCCAUAGAUGAUCAACUAGUGGAAUAUCAGGACAAGUUGGAAAUUUCGUCUCCUGUUACCUCAAUGACUAUAUCCCAAAACAGAAGCUCGUUUGCAGUGAUUGGUUGUUCAGAUGAAACUGUUCAAGUUAUCUCGCUUCAAUCCCAGAGCUGUCUUGAGAUCAAAUCGCUUCAAGCACUUUCGUCAAAAGCUUCUUCUCUUGCAAUGAUGAGUUACCAACAUGCUACUUUCGUCCAUAUCGGUAUGGAGAAUGGUAUCUAUGCAAAAGCGAGAAUAGAUCAGUUUAGCGGUAAAUUAUCAGACACUAGAGUCAAAUAUCUUGGUUCGAGAGCAAUAAGUUUGAGACUAAUCAAGUUGUCAGACGAAAUAGAAGGUAUUUUAGCUAUAUCUUCUCAAGCAUGGAUAGCAUAUCAUUAUCAAGGAAGUUUCAAAAUUACACAAUUGUUGAAUAUCAAUAUUGAGUCUGGUGCUUCGUUAGUUUCCGAAGAUGUUGGAGGUGAAGCAAUAGUAGGUACACGGGGACAUAACUUAUUGAUUUUCUCUGUUGGGCAAGAAGACAGCGCAUUUGAUCCUAAUCAAGAUUUGACUAUUGAAACGUUGAAAUUGAGGUAUAUGCCACGAAAAAUGAUUAGUUUCGACACAAGAUUGUACGUUAGUGAAGUUGGUGUGGGCGUCAAGACGCCCUAUCAACAAAGUCUUACAAAAGAUGUCGACGACAAAGUAGAUACUACUUAUUAUGAGAAGUUUGGGUACGAACUAAGCAAAAACAAUUGUGCAUCGUGCUGUCAAGUGGUUCAAAAUGGACAAGUUAAACAUACUUUUGAGUUUUACAAAAAUGAACAAAUCAUAGACAUGGCCAUUGCUCAUUUCAACAAGAACAAUUAUUUGGUUGUUGGGGUAAAGAAUGUUGUAGAUGCCAAAAAUUUACUAUAUACCUUCAAGUUGGAUAGAAAGAAAUCAUUACAGUACACACACAAGACAGAAUUGGACUACUUUCCGCAGGUUAUUGAAUUUUUCAAUGAUCGGGUACUAAUAGGUUCAGACAAUACAUUAUCUUUGUACGAAAUGGGACAGCGACAACUACUUCGAAAGUCGUUUACUCGCUUUGAUUUUCUCAAAAAGAUAAACAAGAUCCUUCCUUCAGUUCAGAAUAGAAUAAUAAUUGCCGACUUACAAUCAGGCUCGUCGUUGUUAUUUGCAAAAUUUGACGCAGAUGAAAAUCAGUUUGUACCUGUUGCAGACGCCAUUAUCAAACGAAACAUUACAUCCAUAGCCAAGCUAGAUUAUGAUACGGUCAUCAUGGGGGAUAAAUUUGGUCAAAUGGCGAUAUCAAGAAUUGAGGAAGUUGACUCUCGUAAAAUUGAUCAGGAAUGGUCUAUUGUUAAGCAACAAACUCAAGACUCUUCAAGUAUAAACUCGUGCAUCUUCAAGCUACGCGAUUUGUGUGAAUUUUAUAUCCCUGACAUCAUCACAUCUUUUCAAAUGAGCGAUAGCAGUAGUACAGAGGGCAGUAUCUUGUAUAUGGGACUACAAGGUACUUUGGGAGUGAUGAUCCCACUCUUAACCAAGCUGGAGAUCGAAUUGCUAUUUAACUUACAAUUGGAAAUGAGAAAGUUGUGCAAUCCUGAUGAUAAGAAAACAAUGGCUGUUGCAAGGUGGUUAAGUCCCUUAGGUAAAGACCAUAUCAAGCACCGAAGCUACUACCAGCCUGUCAAGAAUGUAAUUGAUGGGGAUUUUGUUGAAAAUUUUACCUGCUUGGACCAUGGCUGGAAAUUGAGGAUCUCACAAAGUCUAAAUCGAUCAAUUAAUGAGAUCGAGAAGAAGCUACAUGAUGUUAGAAAUAGACCCACUUUUUAG